CUUUUUUGUGUCUACUGUCCUCUAUGCGUGUGAAGUAAAUCAGAAGCUGCAGGAUCCACCAUUCCUAAGCCUUGUUUGUUCAUUCUUUCUUAUCCUAAUAGGAAAAUCACUUUAGCUUUUGUUUUCUACCCUCUUACAAGCAAGGUACAUGUUCAAUAACCCUUUAUUCCACUUCCUCUUAUUAUAUAAACUCAACAAUUGAACCACUUAUACUCAAACCAAACAAUAUUUUCCCUGUUGUGUUCUGUUUUUUCCUCUUCAGUAACAUGGCUAGUACUAAUCCUCGCCAGUUACAAGCUAACAAAAUGCAGUUAAAGAAGGAGAGACGCAUGUUCUCUACUUCUGAUGAUAGUGCCAUGAUGAAACAAGUUCAGUCCACUCAUGCACCUGAUGGUCGUGAAAUUGAUGUCAAACCCCUUAUUCAAAUUGUUGAUGAAAUCUUGAUUCAAAUCAUUGCACGAAGUGUUGAGGGUCAUCAACAUGAUCAUGUUAAACAUGAGCAAGAGAAAUUGGAAACUGCUGCUGCUUUGGCUGAAUUUGAUAUGCUUGAUGCAUUGGCUUUUAUCAUUAACAAAAUUUCGUGUGAGCUAUCAUGCAAAUGCUCAGGAGGUGGAGAUGCACAUGCAUCAACAAUGGUGUUACUAAAUUACCUAUCUAGCUAUUCAUGGCAUGCAAAAGUUGUGUUAACCUUAGCAGCAUUUGCUGUUAUUUUUGGAGAAUUUUGGCUUGUUGCUCAAUCAAGUGUUUCAAACACACUUGCCAAAUCUGUGGCUCUCCUUAAGCAACUACCUGACAUAGUAGAGAAUUCCGUUUCAUUGAGACCACAAUUUGAUGCACUCAAUAAGCUUGUGAAGGCUGCACUUGAUGUUACUAUGUGCAUUGUUGAAUUCAAAGAGUUACCAUCUGAAUAUAUUUCAGAAGAUGUUCCUCCUAUGUCUGUUGCAAGUGCUCAUAUUCCUAUUGCUACCUAUUGGGUCAUUAGAAGUAUUGUGGCUUGUGCUUCACAAAUUGCAAGUCUGAUAGGCAUGAGAAAUGAGGCCAUUUCAUCAGCCUCAGAAGCAUGGGAAUUAUCUAGUCUGGCUCACAAAGUUACUAGUAUAUAUGAGCACCUCAAGAACCAACUUGCUAUUUGCUAUCAAUAUAUAGAUGAAAAGAGGCAUAUUGAGGCAUUUCACAAUCUGAUACGUCUUUUCGAGACGAUUCAUGUAGACAACAUGAAAAUUCUGAGAGCAUUGAUUUAUGCAAAGGAUGAUAUUCCCCCACUUAUAGAUGGAACUACAAAGUUAAGGGUUAGUCUUGAGGUACUAAGGAGGAAACAUGUGUUACUUCUGAUAUCAGAUCUUGAUAUUUCACUAGAAGAGAUUAUGAUACUUGAUAAUUUGUACAAAGAUGCAAGAUCUAGGGGUGAGACACACUAUGAGAUGGUAUGGAUUCCAGUUGUGGACAAAGCAACAUGGAAUGAAGUGAAUAAGCAAAAGUUUGAGUAUCUUCAAUCAUCAAUGCCGUGGCACAGUGUUCGCGACCCUUUCAUUAUUGAGCCAUCAGUGAUUAAGUAUAUAAAAGAAGUGUGGAAUUACACAAAGAGAGCUAUUCUAGUUGCUCUUGAUCCACAAGGCAGAUUGUCCUCCCAAAAUGCUCUUCACAUGAUAUGGAUUUGGGGAAAUUUGGCCUUCCCUUUCACAAGUGAAAAAGAAGAAUCAUUGUGGAAGCAAGAGAUUUGGAGCCUCGAGCUUCUUGUCGAUGGCAUUGAUCCCGCACUUUUGGACUGGAUGACAGAAGGAAAAAUCAUAUGUCUAUAUGGAGGCGAAGAUCUAGAGUGGAUAGAAACAUUCACAAAAACAGCAAUGAACGUAGCAAGAACAAGCAACUUCGAUUUAGAGAUGGUAUACGUAGGAAAAAGCAAUGCAAAAGAAAGAAUGCAGAGGAUGAUAACCACCUUCAACAAUAAAAAAUUCAGUUACUUUUUUCCAAACGUGACAUCCAUUUGGUUCUUUUGGGCAAGACUUGAGAGCAUGUUGUACUCAAAAUUACAACAUGGAAAGACAGUCGAAAACGACAAGAUCAUGAGUGAAGUUAUGACAGUACUAAGCUUCGAUGGUAGUGAUCGAGGUUGGGCAAUAUUCUGUAGAGGACCAUCUGAAAUGGCUAGAGCUAAAGGUGAUACUGCUUUAACAAGUUUGAGAGAUUUUGAUAAAUGGAAACAUAAGAUUGAACAAGAUGGUUGGGUUCCGGCAUUGAAUGAUUAUAUUAAGGAAAUUCAGCAACCACAUCAUUGUAACAGGCUUAUUCUUCCUGGGAGUACCGGUGGAAUACCACAGAAAGUUGUUUGUGCUGAAUGUGGGCGCCAAAUGGAAAAAUAUUUCAUGUAUCGUUGCUGCGUCGAGUGAGACAAGCGUACUUUCAAAUUUGGAUUCUUUGCAGUCACAAAUUGCACACAUUCAUAUAGUCAGCACAUCUUUAGAUCAAAACCGGGUGGCCAAAAUCUGUAGUAUAAAAUCUUAAAUGUCUGAUCACAAUCUAAUGAUCACCGAUGUGCUGACAACAUGAAUGUGUGCAACGAGUGACUACAAAGAUCCAAAUUUGUGUCGUGUUGCAUACUAUCAUUAUUUGCUUCAUAAUUUAGUUAUGAAUAAUGUUGGUUGAGAAUUAAUUAUGUUUUAUUAUAGAGUCAUAUUAAGCUCCAUCUUUGUGAGUUAUAUGUAGUUUGCUAUUUAUGUAAGGUGGGGAUAUAUUGUCUACUAGCUCGCAAAUUAUAAAGUGUGGUGUAGAACUUUUGAUAUUACAAUAAAUAAUAUAAUGGGCUGUUUGUUGUAA